CAAGAACAUUCACUUCCUAAGUGUCCCAUUACUUCCUGACGUAUAUCAGUAGUCAUGGAUAAAGAUAGCCAUGUCGUGAUUAUCGGUGCAGGCGUAUUUGGCCUCACCACAGCCUACCAGCUCGCCACCGAGGGCUACAAGAACAUAACGGUCCUUGACCGACAUAUGCCCCCAGUUUCGGAUGGAUCCAGCUCUGACAUCUCUCGUAUAAUUCGAUUUGAUUAUGCCGACGAUGACUACUUGCGUAUUUCUCACGCAGCCUAUUUGAAAUGGCAGGAGCCCAAGUACCGGGGCAUCUUCUACCCCAGCCCGUUUAUUCUAACAGGAAGCAUGGGCCCCGUCAAGGACUCAUGGAUGGAGAGGACCAAAGCAGCUCUCAACAGAUAUAACCUUCCAUGGACUCACGUAACCGACGCGGACCACGCGAAGCGGUUACACCCAGUCCUUAGCGGAAAAUUAGCCGCACCUCCGUUCUCUGGGUACCAAAACAACCAAGCAGGAUGGGCAGACGCCAACAAGGCUAUCAGUCAGCUUCGUGAUGAUUGCUUCGAAGCUGGGGUUUCGUUCAUCUGCGGCCGGCGGGGUACGGUUGUUGGGUUUGACACCGAUUCCGACAAGAAUAUCAAGGCCGUACGAACCCUCAUUGGAAGCCCCGUGUCGGGAGAUCACUUCAUUCUUGCAGCUGGUGCAUGGGGAUCUAGCCUAGUUCCCAUGUACAACUCUACCAUUGCUACUGCUCAGGUCCUGGGAUUCAUGCGUCUCACACCAGAGGAGGUGAAGAAGUACGAAGAGCUUCCGAUUUACAUCAACUUCUCGAGUGGCUGGUUUAACUUCCCUCCUCAUGAAGAUACUAGCCUACUGAAGAUGGCUGUUCACGGGUGGGGAUACACCAGGACCCCCAAGGAGGGAGAGCUCACCCUCGCCAAGGGUAACAUCUCGACUCCCCCGUUGAUCCCGCCUCGUGAGCGUAUCAACUUUGUCCCAGCGGAUGGCGAGCACAGACUCCGGGAAGGACUGCGCGAGAUUCUGCCCGAACUAGCUGACCGGCCUUUUGAGAAGCUGGCUCUCUGCUGGUAUACGGAUACCCCGACCGGUGAUUUCAUCAUGGACUACCAUCCGGAUUUCAAGAACUUGUUUAUUGGAGGUGCGGGCAGUGGACAUGGAUUCAAGUUCCUACCUGUCCUGGGUGAAUACAUGUCGCGGGCGAUCAAACGGGACCUACCGGAGAACCUCGCUCAGAAGUGGCGAUUCCGGAUGGAAUACCAGAACCAGGACGAUACUUUUCUGGGUGAUGGGAGCCGCGCAGGACCUGCGAGACGGGAGUUGACUCCUUAUGAGAAGGCUAAAUUGUAAAUUGUCAUUGCCUUCGCAUGGUGAAGAUUGUAAAUAUGAGGUUGAUUAGUUACGAAGUUAGCGAUGGAAGAUGGUACUUGAACAGGUUCC